AUGAUAUCAGCACUAGAUUCUAUACCCGAGCCCCAAAACUUUGCGCCUAGUCCAGAUUUCAAAUGGCUUUGUGAAGAGCUAUUUGUGAAGAUACAUGAAGUUCAAAUUAAUGGAACGGCCGGCACUGGCAAAUCAAGGUCUUUCAAGUACUAUGAAAUAAUAUCGAAUUUCGUCGAAAUGUGGAGAAAAACCGUGGGAAAUAAUAUAUAUCCUGCACUGGUUCUUGCUCUUCCCUACCGCGAUAGACGAAUCUAUAAUAUUAAGGAUUAUGUAUUAAUAAGAACUAUAUGCUCUUACUUGAAGUUGCCAAAAAAUUCUGCAACAGAGCAGCGGUUAAAAGAUUGGAAACAGCGUGUCGGUAAAGGUGGGAAUCUUUCUUCUCUUCUUGUGGAAGAAAUUGCUAAAAGAAGGGCUGAACCUAGCUCAAAAGCGAUUACAAUUGAUAACGUCAAUCACUAUCUGGAUAGUUUGAGUGGAGACAGGUUCGCUUCCGGACGAGGAUUUAAGAGUCUUGUCAAGUCCAAACCUUUCCUGCACUGUGUGGAGAAUAUGAGUUUCGUCGAAUUAAAAUACUUCUUUGAUAUCGUGCUUAAAAAUAGAGUAAUAGGAGGUCAAGAGCACAAAUUGCUAAACUGCUGGCAUCCUGAUGCUCAGGAUUAUCUUAGCGUGAUAUCUGAUUUAAAGGUGGUAACUUCAAAACUUUAUGAUCCAAAAGUUCGUCUAAAGGAUGAUGAUUUGAGUAUAAAAGUUGGCUUUGCAUUCGCCCCCCAAUUAGCCAAAAAAGUGAAUCUUUCUUAUGAGAAAAUAUGCCGUACACUACAUGAUGAUUUUUUGGUAGAAGAAAAAAUGGAUGGAGAACGAAUUCAAGUUCAUUAUAUGAAUUAUGGUGAAUCCAUAAAAUUUUUUAGUAGACGGGGCAUCGACUAUACCUAUUUGUACGGAGCGAGCUUAUCAUCAGGAACUAUAUCUCAACAUUUGAGGUUUACAGAUAGUGUUAAAGAAUGUGUUUUAGAUGGAGAAAUGGUGACGUUUGAUGCAAAAAGACGGGUGAUUCUUCCAUUCGGUCUUGUUAAAGGAAGUGCAAAGGAAGCGCUAUCUUUUAAUAGUAUAAAUAAUGUUGACUUUCACCCCUUAUAUAUGGUGUUUGAUCUGUUAUACCUGAAUGGGACUUCGUUGACACCAUUACCCCUUCAUCAAAGGAAGCAAUAUCUGAACAGCAUUUUAAGUCCCUUGAAAAAUAUUGUAGAAAUAGUACGAUCUUCUAGAUGUUAUGGUGUGGAGUCAAUCAAAAAGUCUUUAGAAGUUGCAAUCUCACUGGGUUCAGAAGGAGUUGUUUUGAAAUAUUAUAAUUCAAGUUAUAAUGUCGCCAGUCGAAACAACAACUGGAUCAAGGUAAAACCUGAAUAUUUGGAGGAAUUUGGAGAGAAUUUAGACUUAAUAGUAAUAGGCAGAGAUUCUGGGAAAAAAGAUUCUUUUAUGCUAGGGUUACUUGUGCUAGAUGAAGAAGAGUAUAAAAAGCACCAAGGAGACUCCUCUGAAAUUGUAGACCACUCAAGCCAAGAAAAACACAUACAAAAUUCAAGAAGAAGGGUGAAAAAAAUACUUUCAUUCUGUUCUAUCGCAAACGGUAUAUCUCAAGAAGAAUUCAAAGAAAUCGACCGCAAAACGAGAGGACAUUGGAAAAGAACCUCCGAAGUUGCUCCCCCUGCUUCAAUUUUAGAAUUUGGCUCAAAAAUACCUGCCGAAUGGAUUGACCCCAGUGAAUCAAUUGUUCUAGAAAUAAAAUCACGGUCUUUGGAUAACACAGAAACGAAUAUGCAGAAGUACGCUACCAAUUGUACUUUGUACGGUGGCUAUUGUAAAAGAAUACGGUACGAUAAAGAAUGGACAGAUUGUUACACACUUAACGACUUAUACGAAAGUAGGACGGUUAAAUCUAACCCCAGCUAUCAAGCGGAAAGGUCACAGCUUGGAUUGAUACGGAAAAAGAGAAAGAGAGUACUUAUUUCAGACAGCUUUCACCAAAACAGGAAACAACUGCCAAUUUCAAACAUCUUUGCCGGAUUACUUUUUUAUGUUCUCUCUGACUAUGUCACGGAGGACACUGGAAUACGGAUUACACGGGCAGAACUUGAAAAAACUAUUGUGGAACAUGGUGGUAAACUGAUAUAUAAUGUAAUUUUAAAACGUCAUUCAAUUGGGGACGUUCGGUUAAUCAGCUGUAAAACUACCACGGAAUGCAAGGCUUUAAUAGAUCGAGGAUAUGAUAUAUUGCACCCAAAUUGGGUACUCGAUUGUAUAGCAUAUAAGAGGCUCAUCCUGAUCGAGCCCAAUUAUUGCUUUAACGUCUCUCAAAAAAUGAGAGCCGUCGCUGAAAAAAGGGUAGAUUGUUUGGGUGAUAGUUUUGAAAAUGACAUUUCGGAAACCAAACUGUCAUCAUUGUAUAAAUCACAACUAAGUCUACCACCGAUGGGGGAACUCGAGAUAGAUUCUGAGGUUCGGCGGUUUCCAUUAUUUUUAUUCUCCAACAGGAUUGCAUACGUACCACGUCGCAAAAUUAGCACAGAAGAUGACAUUAUAGAAAUGAAAAUUAAGUUGUUUGGUGGAAAAAUAACAGAUCAACAGUCACUUUGUAACUUAAUAAUUAUACCAUAUACUGAUCCUAUUUUGAGGAAAGACUGCAUGAAUGAGGUACACGAAAAAAUAAAAGAACAAAUAAAGGCUUCUGAUACUAUACCGAAAAUAGCCAGGGUCGUUGCCCCUGAAUGGGUGGAUCAUUCUAUUAAUGAAAACUGUCAAGUGCCUGAAGAAGACUUCCCCGUAGUCAACUACUGA